CGUUUGAAAAUACAAGUGAAGGGUGGUGACCGACAGCGUCAGUUAGCUUAAACAAAACGUUUAACUUAACUUUAUUCAUCGAUUUUUGUAAGUUGUAAACUUCAGUGAUGUCUGAGGAAGUUGCAAGUUCAACGCCAGAGACGGAAAUAAGAGAAGCCGAGAACAGCGUAGAAAUAAUCAUCCAACUGACUAGUGAAGAUUCAGUAAAUAACCCAGAUCAUAACGUCGAACAGCAGAUAACGUUAGAUGAAGAGACAGAGUCCAACUGUGAUCACAUCAGACCAAACCACUCACGGGUUUCUAAAGAGUUAUUUAAGCCAGAAGACGACGACGACGAUGAUGAUGAUGAUGAUGACGACAGCGGUACCCAUUACUACAUCGACGAGGGACCUUAUACUCAUCUACGGCGAGCAGAGAGGCCAGGAAAUGGAGGACUGCCAGACACCUUCCAGACCGAUCACCUUCUGUACUACGAGAGAUUCAAAGCAUAUCAAGACUACAUGCUCGGUGACUGUAAAACAUCUGAAGUGGAGGCUUUCACCGCUGAGUACGUUGAGAAGAUUGUGGAGCCGUGUGAUUGGCAGGCUAUAUGGCACACUGAUGUAUUUGAUGUGCUGAUUGAAGUUGUUGACGUGGACUGUAAAGAGCUGAAGGCAAAGGUGGAGUUGGUGGUACCGAUGCAGUGUGAAACCAGAGGCUGUGAGCUUACCGAAGAGUCCAUGAAGGCCCUGCUGGAGGCCACACUUCAUAAAGCUCCUCUACUGGAACUCGCUGUGGUCUAUGAGUCUGGUGACUUUGAUCAGACUGCUUUGGCCUUGGAACACCUCAGGUUUUUCUAUAAGCAUAUCUGGAGGAAGUGGGAUGAAGAAGACGAGGAUGAUGACUUUGAUUACUUUGUUCGGUGUGUGGAGCCUCGUCUCAGGCUUUAUUAUGAUAUUCUGGAGGACCGCGUUCCAGCCGGUCUUGUAGCCGAGUAUCACUCUCUGCUUGCGCUGUGCGCGGAGAAGUUUCAGGAGUUCUCCAGCCUGAGAAGUGACCUGAACAGCGACUCCGAAUCAGAACAAGACAACGUGUCCAUGGUGGAGGGGCUGCGCAUGUACGAGCAGCUGGAAUCGCUUAGGCGCAAGCUGCGUAUCAUUGAGAACCCGCUGCUCAGGUAUGUUCUGGGCUACAAGGUGAACUCCGGUCAGCAGUCAUGCAGGGCGAAGGGCCUGCGUCCUGCCGGAGGCCGUGUGAUCCACUUGGUAUCCGCCUCGGCCACAGUUCACCAGCUUCAAAGCUUAAUAACUGACAAACUGAUGCCCCACUACUCCAGUGAAGAGUUUGAAGUGCAGUUUCACAGUGACCCUGUGCUUGCGGUCAAUGCGUGCUACGAAGGGGAUGUGGUGAUUGUGUGCCCCGGCCUCUACAGCAUCACCAGCUCCAUCAGUAUCGUCGACUCCAUGGAGGUGGAAGGAUACGGGCUGCCGGACGAGGUGGUGAUCGAGAAGCGUAACAAGGGUGACGCUUUUGUGGAGUCGACGGGAGCGAACGUCAAGCUCUCGAAUCUGAAGUUCAUCCAGCGCGACGCCAUCGAAGGCAUCUUAUGUGUUCGCCAAGGGAAGCUGGAAAUGGAAAAUUGUGUGUUGCAGUGCGAGACCACAGGUGUGAUAGUGCGAUCUGCAGCCCAGCUGACCAUGAACAUAUGUGACCUUUAUGGCUCGAAGGGGGCUGGUGUGGAGAUCUACCCGGGGAGCGUGUGCAGUCUGGUGGGCAACGGCAUCCAUCACUGCAAGGAGGGGAUCCUGAUUAAGGAUUUUGCAGACGAGCUGGAUGUCAUGCCUAAAAUCACCAUGGUGAAUAAUGUGAUCCACAACAAUCAGGGCUAUGGCGUUAUCUUGGUCAAACCAGGUGAUGCUGCCGUGGAGGAACCGCCCGCCGAACCCAACGCUGCAGAUGAGCCGGAGAGAGAACGGAAAGAGGCUGAGGACACUGGGGUCAAAAGAGACGGGGAUAUGGAAGAUGAUGAUGUGCCUGGCGUUGUGGAGGAAGAGUGCCCAGCCAUCACAUAUAGCCGCCCCGUCCCUUCAGAUUUUACAGAGGGCAAUGAUGCCAUCAAGCAAGAGUUGGUUGCCACAUCGGCCAAGAAGCAAAGCCUUCAGAGGAGUAGGAUUAAGGCACUUGGGGGUAUGCAGGCUGAUGAGAAUCUACUGUCUCAGGAAAUGUUCAUUUCCAUUCAUGGAAAUCAGUUCAAGCACAAUGGCAAGGGAAGCUUUGGAACCUUCCUGUACUGAUGCCAUCUAUACGGCAAGCACGCACAGACACACUUUACAGUUCAUUUCUAUUUAUUCUUUCAAUCUAAUUUGUGAGAUUUCACCAAAUGCUGUAGGUGAGUGAAAUGUGAAAUUCAUUAAAAUCAUGAUGAGAAUUUGUACCUUUUAAUUUUUUUAAUGAUUUUUACCAUUGGAUCAAAUUUAUAUUGAUCUGAAAUAGUUUUGUGUAAACACUAAAAUACUAAAAAGCUGUAUCGUAUUAGUUUUCUGUCCAUACAGCCACGUUUUUUGAGCAAUGAUUUGGCACUUACCUGGCAGUCACAUUUAACACAACAUUCAAUACAAAAUAAUUUAGUCAAUGUUCUUUUUUUUUGUGUUCUCACCAUUCCGUGUUUAUUUUGUCCACACUCUAGUUUAAUACUCACUGUAGUUUAAUGCUCACUGAAUAUUUAAGCAAAAGCUGUUUUUGUUUUGGCUUAUUUUUUUCUGUUGUGUACAAAUAAAUGUUUUUUUUUUCGGGUGAAACCGAGAAU